GACUCGCCGCUCGGCCCCUCCCGCUGCCCCACUCACUCACUUACACCGCUAGCUCUGCACAGUGACUCGUCUCCUCUCCCCUUCCCACCAGCCUGCUGCUUUCGGGAAAGCCCCCGGGCAUGUCCGGAGUGCGUGUCAAAGAGUUGGCGCUUUCGUCUACGGGCAAACACUUGCGAGCCGCUGUCAGGAAUUCAUUCUGGGCGGGGAGAGCGGCUGAGUCGCUACAUUGCCGGCGUUGAGCAUAUCCAUGUACUGUGACCGUAAUCUUCACCGGGAGCUGCGGUGAUGCUUUGUCGGAAGCAACCGAGGGUAGAUCCCACUCUCUGAUCUUUGGCAAGGAGAGAGCUCCAGCUCCCCCGGAAGAUUGAAGUGCUGGUGAGUUUCUUACCUUCACACUACCAUCGAAUUAGAGCGGCCAGCAAGGAAGGCUCGCGUCAAUAUCCCGGAGGCAUUUCCUUCCCUUGUAGCGGAAGAAAUGCAAGGUGUUGAUUAAACAUGGAGUAUCUUCCAGCUACCAAUUGCUGAAUGACCUGACUCGCAUUGUUGUUCCUACUUUGCACUCUGUACCCUGGCGAAGGAAGUUAAACUGCCCAUUGGACCGCGUGGGGGUGGCCAGACCAGGAACCACUAGUAAUUGAGCUUUGGGUUACUCCUGCCGACUUUUAGCCUCUGUGUAAACUGCGUUUGGUUUGGUAACUCGAGCAACUGGUGCAAUAGCAAGGCUGUGAAAAUGCUGCAGCAGAUACUGGAGACUAUGUAUAUUGACCCAGAACUUCUGGCUGAACUCAAUGAAGAACAAAAACAGAUACUGUUCUUUAAAAUGCGACAGGAGCAGAUUCGAAGAUGGAAGGAUAAUGAGAAAAAACUGGAAUCAAAGGAAAAUAAAUCGUCGACAAAGAAAGGAAAAUCGGUCAACUGGCUGCUGGCAGCUGAUAGCGACGUGUGGGUCUGGGUGAUGGGUGAAGGUGCAGGAGACAAACCCUACAAUCAAAUUUGUGAUGAAAUAAUGGCAGAGCGAGCGAGACAACAGGCUCAAAAAGAGACUGGGGAGCUGAGGAAAGAGAAAGAGAAGGAGUUGAUUCGAAGAUUCUCGGGCUCAUUUAAAGCUCGGGAGAAAGCAGCCAAGGAUACCCUGAGACAGAAGGAAGCUGAGAAGAAAGCGGAGGUUGAACGGGCUACAAAAGCAGCUGCCGAGCAAGAGCAAAUCCAAAUGGAACUAAAGCAAAAAGAGGAGGAGGAACGCAGGAGGCAAGAGGUGGAGAUCAAGUGCCUGGAAGAGGAGAGGACUCAGCAGUUGUACAUUAACCUGAAGGAAGCCCAGGAAAUGGUCCAAAAGAAUGAAAAGGAAGAUCUCGUGUGGCGUGAGAGCUUAAGGAAAUCCAAGGUAGCUGACGAGAAGCGACGGUCGAUAGCCAAGCAAGCACGAGAUGACUACAAGCGACACUCUCUGAAGGCGAUCGAGAGGGGAAAGGUGUCUGCAAUCUCACAGACCUUUCAAAAGCUCCAGCCUCCAGUGAAGCCUCCCAUUCCACCGCGCAGAUUUGCUGUCAAUCCCAAGGAGUGCAAUGCCAGAAGAGAAACGCCGCCCCAGAAACUGAAUCAUGACAGCCGGGAGAGCAUCAUCAGAUGGUUCAAAGAACAGCAGAUUCCUAUGCGGGCAGGUUAUGAAAAGAAUAGUGACGUCAUAGCGCCCUGGUUUCAUGGCAUUAUAACCAGGCAAGAGGCUGAGGAGCUCCUAAAUAAAGAAGAAAAUGGGUCAUUUCUAAUCAGAAUCAGCGAGCGGGUGAUUGGUUAUUGCCUGUCGUACCGAAGCAGUGAAGGGUUGAAGCACUUCCUGAUCGACUCCUCCAAGGACUCGUACACCUUCUUUGGUGUAGACCAGUUGCAGCAUGCAACCCUCGCUGACAUGGUGGAGUACCACAAGGAUGAACCCAUCACGUUAGCAGGCGCUGAACUCUUGCGUGAACCCUGUGGCCAGCAGAGGUUGCCUACGGACUAUGCCUAUCUCUUCAACUGAGUCCCCUUGGAGCCAGGAGUAUCCAACCACAACCAUUGUUGUCAGUCUUCAAGGUGUUCACUUUAGCGAGAGAUUGAGUGAAGUUACUGGGCCCAGUAAUUAUAUUGUACUUCCUUUGAGAAGAUUUUACAUUGUGCAAAAAGAAAAAAAAAUCAAUUGGAGUCAAAGUAGGCAGUAUUUACUCACUUUUCCAAUUUUUAAGAACGUUUACAUUUGAGUUCAUAGCUGUUACUUUAUUUUUUGACGGGCCAGGGUAGCUGUUUUUUAUGCUGCACAGCUGGUAUAUUACAGAUCAUGAAUUCUUUGUGGAGAAUUAAGUAAAUAAUACCAGCUGUUCUUAAAAGUACAUGUAUUUUACUAAUAGAAGAACGUAUAUUGUAAAAUGGAUUCAUUUGUAUCCUGCCCUCUUGUCGAUUGACAGGGUUUUCGUGAUGCAAGCCUCUUAAUCUUGUCAUUAUCUCGUGAAAGAAAUGUAUUUUCAUACAGCUGCCAAUUUUUUUAAUGCACUCUGCUGUCUGCAUGAUUUAGGAAAAUAAAGGGAAGAGCCAUGCAUUCUUGAUAGUUAAGGAAGCUAAUUUCUAAACUUUAUACCCAAUCGGUUCAAGUUUCCAAUUACUGUUAUACUUUGUAUUUAAUAAAGUGAAACUCUGACUAGCUAA